AUGUUCUGCCUUCGAAGCUGGCUCCCGCUUCUCUUCAUCCCAACCAAUGCGUCGCCCGCCUUCAUCUUCCUCUUCUUCAUCUGCACCUACUUUCUCAACCGGCCAUGCGUCUACUGCAGCUUCCUGCUCCUCAUCCUCUUCCUGACCUCAUGCAACUGGUCUGAUCGAUGCUUCUUCGACUUUAGCAGCAACUGGUUUCAACCGCGCCCGCCGAUUUCUCUCUCUUCGUCGCCGAUACCCGAGAUCGAUCCCAACAUAACCUUCAACGCUACAGUGGCCGAGGUCAUCAACUCCACCGCCAGCGCACUGGCCGGCGCCGCUGCCGAAGAGCUCGCACGGCAGAGGCAAGAGUGGACGGGACUUGGUAUCGAGUGGCUGCGCAGCCUGCUGGGCCGCCGGGAGUGGAGGGUCGAGUGCUUGGAUAUCAACAUCCGCUUGUAA